AUGACCCCGGUGAACUGGAUUGUGGUGAUCUGGCUUGUCUCAUCGUCAUCGACUGCUGCACCAUUUAAUCAUCAAAGAAGGUGGUUCUGGGCGGCUUCUAAAGAUUCUGAAAUGGCAAGUCGAACCCCAGCUCUUAUGGAAUCAUCAAAAACCACUUUGAAUGCACAAUCCGCCUCCUCAAAAGGCCCGACACUUGCUGCGAUGGCUGACUCCAAGUUGACAAGCACCAAACCAUUACCGAAAACCGCAAAAGAGACCGUUAUGACUGAUGCCGAAGACCCUCAAGCCAAAAUGAUCCCAUCCUCUCAAUCACAUAUAGCUACAAGUAAAUCAAAUCCUGAUCUUGCUGAUCAACUGAAGCAAUUCCGCGUUGAUGGAGGUUCUAAAGGUUUUAUCAACCAAAAGAAAAAGUUAGCAGCGCAAGUGGAGCGUGACGGGCAAAGAGCCCCAGAAGUCCACAAGCCGCCAUCCCCCCCUCUUGAAAGUAUGGGUCACGAGAAAGAAGAAGCCAAGGUGAAUGAAGGCAUCACCAAAUCACCAGAGACCAGUGAUUCAAAUGUCCCUCCAUCAAGUUGGUGGCCUUGGGGGGUCACCCCAUCAUACAUUUACAAUUCAGCCUAUGAAAUGAUCAAACCACAUCUCGAAGUUCUCACGGGGCCCUCAGUUCCGGAAUCGACAUCUCAGGCAUUGGCUAGAGUAGCCAAACCUUCAGACUCAAAAUCCACCUCUCCAACUGCGGAGAUUUCUACUUUAGAGGAAACAAGGCAGAAACCUCCUGUUGUUAACCUUGAACAUCCAAAAACAGAACAUGAGCUAGCAAAGGAACCACCUUUAUCCGACAUUGAAAAGAAAAACUUAGCACAGCUUGAAUUGAAGAAAUUGAUGUAUGGGAUUUCAAAGCCAUUUGUGUCAAAACAACUGACACCAGGAAAGACAUCACAGAUGGUUCAGAAAUGGGCCCGUAGGAAGAAUUUCAUGUUGUUGAAUUUCCAUUCCACCUUCUGUCGCACAACUCAUCCCCCUCAGUUGUCAUAG